GUACUGCUCAAUUGGUACUCUCGUGUGUACCGUACCCUUUCUACGUACUCUCUUACCCCCAAUCCCAAAAGGUCGGAAAUAGGUCGACUUGACAGUCAAAGUUCUCUUGCUUGCUACUCUGGCCGGAGGCAGUUCGUUCUAAAUCAUUCCAUCGAUAGAAAUUUAUACGACAGAUCAGAGACAUAUUCCGACUCGGCGAGGCGAGAGUUCGUCGUCAUUGAAUCACCGGUGUAAAAGCAGAGCCACGGAGACGGAGGCGCAUGGAGAAUGAAUGAGCGAAUCGAAACCCUAAACAACUUAAUUUCAUUUAAAUAGAUCUUUCUGCAUUAUGUCGGAUGCUUCAAGGGGUUUGGGUGCUUCGCCUGAACACAAUAGAGUAGAACCGGAUUAUUUUGGUUACUAUAAGAGCGAAGUGGCAGAUUUAUUGUCUCAAGAUGAGGAUUUUCUUCCUUUCUCUUCCCAAAAUUCUGACUUGGCUGGAAGAAGAGCAUGUGACUCUCUCACAGACAAGGAUCAGAGCAAUAAACAAUUUUGUAACAGUGUAGGAGCUGGGCUUUCUGAUUUCAAAAAGGAAAGAUUGAAGGCAUUGCUUCAGCAGAGUGUGUUUGUUCUUACACAGGAGGUUGAUGAGAUUCAAGAUCCUGUUGCUUCUAUUUGUCGGAUACAAUCAAAUCUGAGAUGCAAAAAAGGUUCAGGUGCAGCAUGUGAUGGAGAUGCCGGGCAACAUCCUCACAAGAAGCUCAAGCUGUCGUCAUCCUCCUCUUUGAUCAGUGCUCCUCACUCUAAUCCUGUUAAUUGCAGUCUCAAUGAAGAGGAUUCAGGAUAUGAAGACAUGGAUGUUGUUUUGCCAAAAAAUGAAACAUCCAAUGGUGUCGAGAAGAAAUGCGCUCAGUGCCAUACGACGGAAACAUCCAAGUGGAGAACUGGUCCAGGGGGGCCUAAGUCUCUAUGCAAUGCUUGUGGCGUGAAACUAAAACAAGGAGAUGAUUUUCCCGUAAUGAAGGACCAAAAAACAAAACCAGGAUCAAAUAUAGGGGCUGAAGAAGAAAAUAAUGAAGUCGAUGAUGAUUUGCAGUUCCUUUUGGAGAAUGAUGUCUUUAAGGUCGAGGAAACAAUGAAGAAAUAUUCUGAUGAACUAUUUACAACACUUGGGCAUAUGGACCAAAAACUUGAAGAAAUUCUUAAUAUGGUAACAUCAAGUUGCAGCUUGUCUCCCAUUGCUGGUACCCAAGGCCAGGUGUGAGUAGCGCGGUGCGGAAGCUGUUGGUUGAUCAAGUUGUGAAUUACUACUCUAAAUGACCUAGAGGGGGGGUGAGUAGGUCAACUUGCCCAAUUUUGUGAUUGAUUAAAUUACCUAUAAUUAUGAUCAAUCAAUCAUCCACAACCACAAAAAUAAAUACUGUAAAGUAAAGGAAGUAAAAUAAAGUUUGAGGCAUGACACCGGGAUUUUUAGCGAGGAAAACCAAACGGAAAAACCUUGAGGACAUUCACGCUAUCCAAGGCGAAAUGAUCCACUAUGUAUGAAGCAAAGUACAAUGGACUUCGACUCAGGCUCACACCCCUAACUCUACCAAGAACCAAUUUACUGAACGCCUUUGGCUUUGCGACUCUCCCGUCCGAUAGCUCUUGACUUCAGGCAUACUCCCUUGAUUCCUGUAGAAAGUUUGCUGGUUAAUUAACAACGCUCUAUGAAUGCUUUGACCCCUUCAAAGUGUAAUUGAAAUACCCCUCUUCUUCAAAUUCUGAAUUAUGUGAAGGCAAAUAAAUCCUGCUUCUCGGAAUCUCUGAAUCUUUAAUUAUCCUCCAAUUCCGAUCGGAUAUAGAACAUCACCUUAAAUCACUCGUGUUUGUGUUUGCUCUCAAAAAUAAAAUCAGAAAAAUUGGAUUUGAUUUUCUGAAUAAAAAAUCUCUCAAAAGGCUCUCUCAAAAUAUCAGUAAAUUAAGUUCCAAAAAGCCAUCCAAAACCUAGAGAGAAAAAGUUUUUAUAUAGAUUUUAGAGAGACCAAAAAUACUUGGAAACCAAGACAAAUUCGUGCAAAAACAUCUCCCUAAAAACUGAUAAAAAAGGAAACCAAGUUGGACUCAAAUUAACAUAUUGGUUCUAGGAGAACGCAAUCGGAUCCGUUUAGGCGCAACCAGUUCCCCGAGACCAGUGUGAAAUUCAGCAAUGUGAAUUUGAAAAACCACCAGUGUGAAAUUCAGCAACGUGAAUUUGAAAAACCACCAGUGUGACUCAUCCCGCUACGCUAGUGAGAUUUUAUUCAGAAACACAAUUUGGGAAACAGAAAACCGCAAAGAGCAACCGGUUCCGAUGUGGCAGUGCACUUUGUAAAAUAAAACGUGGAAAAUUUCCUAAGUGCCUAACACCAAAACAUAAAGUGUCCUCAUCAACAUACCUUCUCUAAAAUGAUGUUAUUUUACAAAUCAAAGUUGAACGCAUAUUGGUGGCACUUGUUGUUCCGCUUCCGACAUCGAGGCUCAAAGAUAAAACAAAAAUGACAACUCGAUUGGACAUGUUUUGACACCGAAAUUCGCCAACUACAAAAUUAAUAUCUCACACUUUUCAAUUAGAUGUUUGUUUAGUUAUUUCAUUUUAAUAGCAUUAAGUCUUAUUAAUGUUUCCCUUGAAUUUCAAUACAUAUUUCAAGGUAGAAGGGUUUUAGUGAACGUAUGUUAUUAUUGAUGGUUGACAAACUGUACAACAAAAACAACCACAAAGCCUUUUUCCAAUUAUUUAGAGUUGGCUACAUGAAUCCCAUGUUUGGCCUCAGUCAAUCUACAUGAUAUUAUAUCUUUCUUUACUAACUCAAGGUUGACAAGCUGUAAUGGUAUUAGAUUAAUAAGUCAUCGGAAGUUUGGAAUAUAGUAAUAGAUUUACAACUAAGACUUGAAAUAUCAGUGUUAGAAAGUAAACUUUGAUUUAUGCGAAGGAAUUCAAUAAGAAACUAUAUAUUUAAUAAGGAGGCUAAUGAAAAACUGUAGAGAGAAUAUCAUCUUCAAAUGAUAAAUUUGGAGAAACCUUAUUAUUAGGUCUGUAGAGAUAUAAAAUGGUGGAUUUGAAGGAGGGGGAGGUGGGGGACCAGUAAUUUAUGUUUCAGCUGAGAAAAUAUAUUCAAGACGAGGUUUCACAUUGUACUCUUAUUUGCUGAUCAUGUGGGGCAUACAACACUCUUAUUUGCUGAUCGUGUGGGGCAUACACGGGGUACUCAUUUUUUUUUUUUUUUAUUGAUGAAAUUGAGGCAUGGAUUUUUACUAAAUUAGAGGUUAAAACGAUUUUUUAAUUAAGAAGAGCAAUGAUAAUUAAGACAAAGAACAGAAUAUAUAUAUAUGCAAUUGAAGUCUAACUUUGCAAAACUAGAAAUACAAGUGGGAAGGUAGUAAAUAUCAAGGAUCAUGAGAACUUUUAUCAGGGGUCUAGAGAUAUAGAAAAGUGAUCUAGUUUGAUUAUUUACAGUCUCAUAGAGGUAGGUUGGGUUAAAUAAACGGAGGAGUGCUUCUUGCAUAUAUAGUUUGGACCUCUAAAAUUAAAACAAUUGUUAGACCAACCAUAUUUAGUGAGAGAGUGCCAAGUAGCUAAGAAUAACGUGCUCUUAAAAUGAGCAUUGUUAUGCCUGGUAAGACAAGAAAUGAUAAAAUUCUGACUAAUUAUAUUUCUGAAACAGUUGAAGUGUAAUAGGAGAAUAUGGUUUGUCCAUGUGCAAUGAAGGUUUAAUGAUUGGACCAAUAACAGAGUAACAUAGUCUAUAUUGAGGCUUUCAUUGGCUAGCAUAUUCUUUGGACAAAGUCAUCUUGUAGUGAUUACCUAAGCUGUUUUCUUUUGAUUUGGGAAGCCUGAUGCUUUCUUCUGAUUGCACUGAGAAGCUAAGUGGAUCUGGCUGUAUUUGUUGAUGGGUAUUGAAACUGCCUAUGUUGGGUGGCAAUUCAUGUUUUCGUGUCGUAUUCGUGUCAUGUCAUGACAUGGAUUUCCUGCUAUAUGGGUAGACAUGAAGACCUGCUCAACCUGUUUCAUGAUGGGUGAAGACCAGACAUGACACAACACGGCAUGACAAGACACAUUUAAUUAAAAUUUCAUUCUAUUAGGAUAAUUUCAAACAUGAAUAUGACAUGUUUAGUUAAAUGUAUCUAAUCGGGUUAUAAACGGGUUGGUGGGUCAAACACGAUCUCGACACAUUUAAUUAGCAUAUCAAUGUUGGUUGACACACAAUCAUGAUUAAGUCAAACCCAAAUCUACUUAUCUCGUGUUGUGUUUGAGUCGUGCUAGUGUGCCGUGUCCAGUAAUGUCUCCCCGAGUCUAAUCUUAUUCCAAAACAUUGCUCCCUGGGUUGCUGAGUGCUCAUCGCCUGUACUAAUUUGUUUCCUUGGUGGGUUUGUUGUUAAUUAUGCAUUUUUGAGCCACUUCCACUUAGUGAUGACAUGUCAGCAUUGGAGGCAAUUUUUUUUUAUAGAAUUAUGUCUCUUUGAUAUGUGAGUGGAAGACCAUAUUUUGACUUAUUAAUAUUUUAAUAUAUGUAUCACCAUAUUACUUGCGGAAAACCUCACAUGAUUUGAUUCCUGUUACGACAAACGCAGCAAACCCAAGAUAAAAGCAAGAAUCACGAUAGAAAAUAAACAAGCCAUACAAAAAGAACACAACAGAAUUAUACGUGGUUCGGCGGGCAAAAGUUUUCACUAUGGGAGAAAUAGGAGAUUACAAGUUUCAGCCCCACUCUCUUUCUCUGCGAUUUUCAGUGUCUCAAAAAUCUCUCCCCACUUCAAACCCUAAACGCCCUUAUAUAUUGGGCUACAAGAGAGUACUAGUUAGGUUCCACGACCCGGCACCAAAUUUAGGCCACACAUCACAAUUCCAAUAGAAAACCUGGAAAGUGUGCAAUUUAUUUCUAACCAACCAACACGCUCCUACCCAAAUACACUCAAAACUGGAAGACGGGAUGAGCUAACACGUACAAAACCAAUUUCUCUUGAACCUCGAGGUGGAACAAUAAAGUGACUGGCUCAUGUGUAUGGAUAGAUAAUGUCUACCCCCACCCACUCAUCCCCUGCUCUCCUAGCAUGACUCUGUAGGUAUCUUCUUUAUUGUCCGACACAUAUUUAACUUUUUGAUGUAUGUGUCUUGAGAUAGUCAUUUUUUUUUUUUGAGAGGUCGUACCAGGCGCGAUGAUCAGGUGCUUAUCCGCCCUCCGUAGUGGUGUGGGUUCAAGUCCAAGAAUCAGCUUCUAGAAAUAGGGGUAAGGCUGCCUACCAAGUACCAACUACGUUUCCCAUCCCUGCUAAAUGCAAGAGCCUUGUGCACUGUGUACACCUUUUGAUAGAUAGCAACACCAGUGCACAGCCGCGCACACACACCACACUGCUCCAUGUAGUGUUCAAACUGCUCACCUCUCCUUUGGGGAGGAGAGAUCAUACCACCUGCGUUGGUGGUGGUCUUAUGAUAGUUAUGUAACCAUAACAACUACUGUUCUGCUUGACACUCACAAAUGAUAUUUUCGAGUUCUAGUGGCUUCACUGAUUGUGCUCCUAUGUGUUAUGUGGCAUGUUCCGAUGCUUUUCGUACAAUAUUUGCCUUAAAAUCUGCGACGCUGAGGAUUUUAAUUCUACU